CAUCGCUGCCGCUUUAUGAAACCAUAAUGUAUGCUAUUGUUAUUUUACUACUGUUCCACUUCCACAAUACAUCUGCGGUGACUCACUCUCUGAAGUAUUUCUACACCGGGUCUUCUGGAGUCCCAAACUUCCCAGAGUUUGUGUCUGUUGGAUUGGUUGAUGACGUUGAGUUUGUUCACUAUGACAGUAACACCAAGAGACAAGAACCCAAACAGGACUGGAUGAGCAGAGUCACAGAAGAUGAUCCUCAGUACUGGCACACGCAGACUGAGGUCGCUUUGGGUCACCAGAAGGUCUUCAAAAACAACAUUGAAGUUGCAAAGCUGCGCUUCAACCAAGGGGGUGCCCACAUUUACCAGAGGAUGUACGGCUGUGAGUGGGAUGAUGAGACUGGAGAGGUCAAUGGUUUUUAUCAGGAUGGUUAUGAUGGAGAAGACUUCAUAGCAUUUGACCUGAAGACAGAGUCAUGGAUCUCUCCAAAACCACAGGCUGUCAUCACCAGACACAAGUUGGAUCAUGACAAAGCUUGGAUAGCUCAGCAGAAACACUACCUGACCCAGCAGUGUCCUGAGUGGGGGAAGAAGUAUCUGAACUAUGGGAGGAGCUCUCUGCUGAGAACAGAUCUUCCCUCAGUGUCUUUCCUCCAGAAGUCUCCCUCCUCUCCAGUCAGCUGCCACGCUACAGGUUUCUACCCUGACAGAGCCAUGAUGUUCUGGAGGAAAGAUGGAGAGGAGCUUCAUGAGGACGUGGACCUCGGAGAGAUCCUCCCCAACCACGAUGGAUCCUUCCAGAUGAGUGUUGACCUGGACCUUUCAUCAGUCCCAGCUGAAGACUGGAGGAGGUACGACUGUGCGUUUCAGCUCUCUGGUGUGGACGACGACAUCGUCACCAAACUGGACAAAGCAGAGAUCAGGACCAACAGAGUGACUCACUCUCUGAAGUAUUUCUACACCGGGUCUUCUGGAGUCCCAAACUUCCCAGAGUUUGUGAUUGGUGGAUUGGUUGAUGACGUUGAGAUGUUUCACUAUGACAGCAACACUAAGAGAACAGAACCCAAACAGGACUGGAUGAGCAGAGUCACAGAAGGCAAAGCUGACUACUGGGAGUAUCAGACUGAGCUGUUGGUGGAUGAACAGCAGACCUUCAAAGUCAGUAUUGAAAAUAUUAAGCAGCGCUUCAACCAAACUGGAGGUGUCCACAUUUACCAGUGGAUGUACAGCUGUGAGUGGGAUGAUGAGACUGGAGAAGUCAAUGGUUUUAUGCAGUAUGGUUAUGAUGGAGAAGACUUUAUAGCAUUUGACCUGAAGACAGAGUCAUGGAUCGCUCCAAAACCACAGGCUGUCAUCACCAAACACAAUUGGGACAAUAACAAAGCUGAGAUAGCUCAGUAUAAACACUACCUGACCCAGGAUUGUCCUGAGUGGGUGAAGAAGUAUGUGGACUAUGGGAGGAGCUCUCUGCUGAGAACAGAUCUUCCCUCAGUGUCUCUCCUCCAGAAGUCUCCCUCCUCUCCAGUCAGCUGCCACGCUACAGGUUUCUACCCUGACAGAGCCAUGAUGUUCUGGAGGAAAGAUGGAGAGGAGCUUCAUGAGGGACGUAACCCUGAGAGAUCCUCCCCAACCACGGAUGGAUCCUUCCAGAUGAGUGUUGACCUGGACCUUUCAUCAGUCCCAGCUGAAGACUGGAGGAGGUACGACUGUGUGUUUCAUCUCUCUGGUGUGGAGGACGACAUCAUCACCAAACUGGACAAAGCAGAGAUCAGGACCAACAGAGAGAAACCCGUUGACAUGAUCAUCCCCAUGGUUGCUGCAGGGGUUGUUCUCGCUCUCGUCCUCAUCGCUGUGAGCGGAGUCGUCAUUUAUAAAAAGAAGAAUGAAAAACGCCCUAUAUGGACAACCGUGAGCUAUCAGACAAACUAAGUCCAAAUACCUAACUCCUAAACCCAUCACCCUGCACACAGGAGCAGUGGGCAGCCAUUUACAGAGGGACCAACUCCAUAUCUGAGCCAGUGAUCGAGGGCACUGACUGGAGAACCUAGUACAGUGGGGGAAACCGGAGCAAAUCCACGGAGAACAAUACAAACUCCACACAGAAAGGCCUGGAACCUAGAUUCGAACCCAGAACCUUCUUGCUGUGAGGCCACAGUGCUAACCAUUGGGCCACCAUCCUCUGGUUCUCUGGUUGGAUCAGAUCACUGGGGGCAACACUGCAAAUCAAUCAGCAACAUCCAGAAACAUGCUGUGCAGAGCACCUGAAAUGUCCCGGAGGUGUAAAUGUUCUCUAUCUGUGAUGUUUUCAGCUUCUCAGCUCACUGAAAUGUUCGUGUAAAUAUCUUGUAAUAUGUGCUAGUAUUUUGGGACGAGGGACGUUUUCUCUCUUAGUUUUGUAAACCAAAAAGCGAUGAAUGUUGAAUUAAGUUGCCUUGCUAUUUCUUUCAUUUUAUAUUGGUGUUUUCCUUUUUAAAAAAAGUGCCCAAUACUCCAAAUGUUUGUGUCUUUUUGUGAACAUCUGUGACUGUAGCUAUAAUUAUAUGAAUAUUGCCUGAGUAUCCACUAGUGUCACAGAGACUAAAUGAAUUUGUCUGACCUAAACUAAAGAGCCAUAAGAACAAAAUAAUUCUUUACAAAUAACUAAAGGAGGAAUUUGACUUUUCACAUGACAAGAAAACACAUGGGAUAACGGUUUGUUUCAGACCUUUUUUGUAAAACGUCUGCAUUCUCUCUCUCGUAUCUCCUUUCUCUAAUAAUACAUUAAAAUGUGUGUUUCUCA